UUCAUCGAGUUAGUAGCGUUCGGACUGUCACACGGGACGGGUGUAUCGCCUCUCUGCGCGAAAUCCUCGAAGUCCAAUACGAUUUCAAUGUUCGCGUGAUAUUGCGAUGCUGUGAAUGUUAUCCUGAUGCGAUUGAAGCCAUGAUAUUCAAAGCGGGAGGGAAGCCUCCGGGCAAGAGUCCUCCAAAGACAGAAGAAAGAGAAAAUAAGGAGAAUUGCGUAAAAGAAAGUUGCGACCGAUGCCCGGGGGAUCCGUGGGUUUAUUGUGCAGUGUUGUGGUGUGCGUGUGCUAUGAGCCUGAUCUCAAGCGGGUACAGCCUAUACAGGCAACAGGGACUUCAAGAUAGACUUGGCUUGCUGGAGGAACAGCACCGGGCGCUGCGUAGCGCGGUGUUGGAGCCGCAGCAGCCGCUCGUGGAGAGGCUUCGACGGGAGGCUCGGGUCCCGCACUGGAGAGUAACUAGGAGCAUACGGGAUUAUGGUGACUGCGGCUGUCCACCAGGGCCGCCAGGACCACCUGGAAAGAGAGGGAAGAAAGGAAAGAAGGGUGAUACUGGGGAACCUGGACCAGCAGGGUUGAUGGGAGCACCGGGCAAAAAUGGAUUUCCGGGGAGCAAGGGCGAGAAAGGCGAACGCGGCUUCAUGGGUCCAAUAGGGUUAGAUGGGCCAAAGGGAGAUCCGGGUCGACCCGGAGACAAAGGGCAUAAAGGCGAACAUGGCAGUCCAGGUUUUGAUGUCUUUUCAGCGGUCAAGGGCGUGAAACGCUCCGUGGACAACUAUAAGAUGAGCCCGUACACCACCGCAGAGAUUAUCGCUGUCAAGGGUCUGCAGGCGGCCGGACACAACAUCUCAGCGCAGUCCAUCAUCCAACUUAAGGGUGAACCCGGAGAACCAGGGCCUCCAGGUGCACCUGGGCCGCCUGGAUCUGAUGGAAUUGCAGGCGCCGAGGGCCGUCUUGGUCCCAGUGGAGCUCCCGGACCCGCAGGCCCCAUUGGACCGGCUGGACCACCUGGCCCCAUUGGGCCUGUUGGACCCCCCGGACUUAUAGGACAUAAGGGAGAUCGCGGUGACAAGGGCGAGCGCGGUUACACUACGACCUUGAAGGGCGACGCCUUCCCCACAGGAAUUAUCGAAGGACCACCUGGCCCCCCUGGACCUCCCGGUGUGGCAGGAACGGCGGGCCCUCGUGGUCCCCCAGGACUGGACGGACGGCCCGGUGAUCCGGGUGUACCCGGACCUCCAGGAAAACCGGGUGAAAUAGGACCUAAAGGCGGAAAAGGUGACUACGGAGACAUGGGAUCACCGGGAAUGCUUGGUGCACCUGGUUUGCCUGGACCGCCCGGAUAUCCAGGUCUCAAGGGGGAAAAAGGAGAUAAAGGAGAUUCUAAAUACCGCAAACUACGUCGGAGACAAAACUUGCAGGGCGACGGCACAGGAUACGAGCUGUAUGGUCAUGAUAUUAUGAUGGGUCCUCCGGGUGCUCCAGGCCCAGCUGGCCCUCCUGGGGUCGCCGGGCCUCCCGGCAUCAAGGGCGAUAAGGGGGAUCCUGGCAUUCGAGGCAAAUCGGGUGACCGUGGAGAAAAAGGUGACCCUGGACCAAUGGGACUUCCGGGUCCCGUGGGUCUACCGGGCGAGACAGGAGAACCAGGGCGACACGGAGAGCCGGGGCCUCGGGGCCCGCCUGGCCUCGAUGGCAUGAAGGGUGCACAAGGCGAGCCCGGCGGUAAAGGUGAAAGAGGAGAUCCAGGUCUACCCGGAACAGAUGGAAUACCUGGAACCGAGGGGCCCAAGGGUGAGAAGGGUUACAAAGGAGAUGCCGGUCCUCUUGGAAAGCGUGGACGGAAGGGCGACAAAGGAGAUCGUGGGGAGCAAGGCGUGCCUGGCCUCGAUGCGCCCUGCCCUCUCGGGCCUGAUGGUUUGCCACUACCUGGUUGUGGCUGGCGGCCCUCGAAGGAGGCGGCUCGGCCGGUGAUGAAUAGUGCAGAGGAACGGGGAGUAGACAGGGGAGUUGGGGGAGAAGAGGAUAUCGGAGAAGAGGAGGUAGAAGAGGGCGAGUAUGAGGGACCUGAUGACACCCGCGACUAUGAAGACUACAUCGACCCUGCACUGCAGCUACGGCAUUGAUCAUCUAAGGGUCCACACGGUCCUUACACGUUGCAGGAAACUCUAGCGGCGUGGGUUCGACGGCGGUUGGCGCUGGAUGACAACGAACUGCCCUAAUCAUGCCUUCACCCAAACAUCGCACACUGCAUCACAAGAGUCUUUUGUCUUUGAAUAUUCUACACUGCCCUUGGCCAUCCAAUACUCGGAAAGGUGUUUUGAAUUGUUACGAUUAACAUUUAGUUAAUAUUGGUACAAAUUCUGAUAUACAUAAUAUUAAAAUUUAAUCCUCAUUCCAGAAAUUAUUUAGAUAUUCAAUUGUUAUUACUAUUAAAUCAGAAUUUGCACCAUUAUCUAUUUAGUUUACAUACUCAGAAAGAGUAUACCCUAGUAUAUACCUCUACCCUAGUAUAUAUACUUUUAUCUUAAUAGUUGCGGAUUAGUUAAUAGAUCGCCUUAUAUAGAUGUCAUAAAUUGAUAAUUUAAAGUAACAUUCAAAUUAACAGCUUUAUUGUCAUUUUAUUUUAACUUGCCGAUUCACAGGAUUAACCCAAUAGGUAUUACCCAUUAUUUAUUUUGCUUUAGCCAUACAAUAAAUGUUUAUUCGAUUCAUUCUUAUCAAAUGAGGAAAACCAUCUGGUAAUGUAUUAAUAUAACACACAUGACCUUGAUAUUACAGUGAUGAACCUGUAUUAAAACACGUUUACACAUAACAAUUAAUCAUGUUGUUUUUUAUACCUGACUUUAUACAUACUGUGGAAAAUGUCUUAGGAAUAAUUGUUAUUAUGUAUAUAGAUUGUAGGAAUAAUCUUAUCCAUUUACGUAGAUAUUAAUGCCUUAUUUCAAGCGGUAAAAGCAACGAUUGCGCAUUAUUAAUAUAUUCGCACUUUCUUUCCGUAGUUCUUUCCAUAGCGCUGAUGUUCAUUGUAAUUACGUCUUAAGAAAUUAGUAUAAUACCUGUUAUUACAGAGUAAGCCAACAAAAGUAUUUUCAGCCUAAUUAUUAUCUAAAAGUUUUAUAACGAAGCAGUUUGUAAUGCACUCCAAUUUUUUUAGUUAGCUAUGAGUGUAAUUUGUAAAUACUCGAGUGUAUGUGUAAUGGCAUAAUAAUGUUUAUAAGAUGUAAUAAUUGUUAUAAUUGAAAUUCAGUAGGUACAGUACAAUUGCAUUGUAUAAAGAAGCCUUGUUAAGAGCUAUUUGUAUAUUUUUAUACUUUCAUAAGUUAAGAAUGUCAUUGUAAAUAUUUAUUGAAAGACUAAUAUAAUGACUACAGACUAUUAACUUUUACAAAUAUAAAAAUCAUAUCUCUAACUUACCUAAUUGCUAAAUGCAAUAUAAAAUAAAAUAAUAUAGGCGUUAGAUUUUAUAGUAAACCGACUCUAUUUAUUAUAUUUUAUUAAAUAUAAAGCCCUUAGAAAGUCUUUAAUACAAGAAACACAAACCAGUCUCACAUUUCGUGCGUAGAAAUUAUUUGUUAUUAUGAAUAAAAUUAUAAUUGUUCCCGAGAGAUAUUACCAUUCACUAACAAAAAAUUGUCGUGAAAAUAUAUUUGUGUAAAAUUAAAAGUAUAUGCAAACCUAAAACCUCAAUAAAUCGAAGUAUUAACCUUAUAAGUUUAAAUUUAUAAUUUGCUUCAUAACAAUUGAUAACUUUUUAUUAUUAAUUUUAGACUGCAAUUAUCAAUCAUUAGUUUUGCCAGCUAAAAGUUUAUUGUCCCUCAAUGUAAGUUCAAGUAACAUAACAAGUAACUAUACAUAUUUAUUGUAAAUAAUUUUGUAAAACUACAAAUAUAGGUACCUACUUGUUUAUAAAUAAUAAAAUUUAAUUAUAAUUUUCUA